CAACGAGAGAGAAGUCCCAUGCGCUGUGCUAUUCAACUGACAUAAAAAAAAUAUAUCUCCGCUGCGAAAAUACCUCUCAGAUUAUAGUUUAACCUGCAGAAUUUUAAGCAAAAUGGCGACAGUGUAGCGGAUGGAGGACGAAAAACGUAAUGUCAAGUGUAAUGACAAACGUUCCAAUUGUUAUUGUUUUCUGCAUUGGGAAGGUGGGUUUUCAGAAGACCGUAGGGUGGAACCAAUGGUUUGUAAUAGACUGAACAUACUGGUGAGAUGGCUGAUAUAAAGCCAAAUGCACAAGAGAACAAAGAAGGAGAUGUGGUGGAACCAGUGUGUGACAGCUCCGGUGCCACUCAGGAGCCAUUACAGCGUCACACGUCUUCCCUGAAGAACAAUGCUGCAGGUCUGUCAGAGCAGCUGUCUUCUGACGGACUCCCAAACCCUUUAAAUGGAGCACAGCCCAGUUCAUUUGUACCCAACAGUGUCCCUGCUGUUCCCCACACAGCCCAAGCAGCCCAUUCACUGCCUUCAGGAGCACUUGUUAAUGGACCUGGUUCACACCCCGCCUCAGAGGAGAGCUGUGGCCUGAACAAAAACAGCACAAUGUCCAACAAUGUCCUGGUGGAGGCCCAGGACGCCCAACUACGACAAUUUGGGAGGGACACAAGCCCUCAGGUGUUACCACCACCCAGUGAGCUUCAAUCAGACGCCCUGAAGAACCCAGCAGGGCUCGUUCUGAAAAUACUAGCCACCACGCAGCCAGGGGCCAACAACACGUCACCAUCAGACUCUGAGGCUAGUGAGGCUGAACUGCCCUACCAGGCCCCCGACACCACCUUGUCAGGCCACAGUCCACAGUCACACCAAACGCCAAUUAACCAAAUAUGGAUGGCCGAGGGAGUCAAGGCUAGAGCUAGAUCUAUAUGGGACUUAAACACCACAGAGUCCUCUGAGAGCUCGUCGGACGGUUCUGACGGGACUGAUGCACUACACUGGGACUCACAGAAAGAGCUCAUACGGGCGUUGUGGAAGAAUCGCACAGUUGACAGCAGCUUAGAGACAAACGCUGCAGGAGUGGGAGUGAUGUCUCAGCUUACCAACCAAAGACAGAGGAAGCGUAAAAUACACCUGGUGGGUACGGCAGGCUCUCCUGAAAAAGUUUACAACUGCAGCACAAAUCACACUUACAAAAAGUGGCAUAUUGAAGAGGAGGAAGAUGAUGACGAGGAUUUUGACAUCUCCAACAUAAAUGAAGAUGAUUCCUCCUGUAAAAAGGCUGAUGUACAAUCUUCUGUGAAUUCAUGUCAAGCGCAUCCCAGUGACAGCCCUGUAAUCAUUAAGAAACUGAUUGUAAGAGCAGAUUGCCAAGAGGACAAUCACUCCGUCUCCCUCUUUAGUGGAAAGCCCAAACAGCUUAAGACCGAGCAAUCCGAACAAGAACCAUCAUUCUUCCCAUGCACAAUGUGCAAAGUUAAUUUCAAGGAGAAAAGGCAUUUGCAUAGACAUGUGAUGUAUCAUUUAGAUGGGCAAAAUCAUCAGGUACGCCACCACGAGAAAGUUCCCCGGCCUUUUAUAUGCAGGGAAUGUGGGCGUUCGUUCCGCGAUCGCAGCUCCCUCCUCAAGCACAUGAUUAUCCACCAGGAGAGACGGGAGAAACUCAUGGAGGAGAUCCAGGGACUCAACAAACUCCGAGACGAAGGCAGGAACGCCAAGCUCCAGUGCCCGCAGUGUGUGUUCGGGACCAAUUGCCCCAAGACGUUCGUCCAGCACGCCAAGACACACAACAAGGAUAAACGUUAUUACCUCUGCGCGGAGUGCAACCACGUGGCAUUGACGGAACGGGAGCUUGAAGCACACCUGUACGCGAUGCACUGUGACACACUGAAGUCCAAGUACAAGAACGUGAUCAAAGAUGAGGAGACAGAGUUUCUUACAGAUAACAAUGAUGAAUCCAGUCAUGUUCUGUUUCACUGUAAAGUGUGCCCUUUCAGCACCCAGAAUGAAGAUGGCCUUAAAAGGCAUUGUGAGCUGAUACACCAACAGUCGGAUUCUGAUGAUGAAUGUGAAAAUCCGCCAUUUAAAAAAGCACUUAACCAUCCAGAUCAAUAUAGCCUAGCUGACCCGUCCAAAAAAGCAGCAGAUUUAAAACUACUGCAGCUAAAGCCAAAGUUCUGUAUUAAAAAGCCUGCUUUCUGGAAAAGAGCGGAUUUUCGCUUUUGGUCCGGUAGUGUAGCUGACUUUUACAUGAGAGACACAGCAGACACACAGAAGUCUUACAAAGGUCUUACCUCCUCUCAGUUCAAGUGCAGCAUUGUCAGCUCAGCAAACAAGCUGUCACCAUCCCUGUGGAGGAGUGACAAGCCAAGCAAAUUAUCUCCUAAACCAACAGAGAAAAUAGACGUGACAACAGGUCUCCCUUAUGUAGAGGAAGACAAUCAACUAUACGACCAUGUGGUUUCAGGAAUCUCCGAAAGGACAAAAUAUCCCUCAAAUGUUGAUGUGUUGCUUACAUCCAAGAUGGUUAAACCAGGCCAGAUGCUGUAUCAUAGCUACAACUCUGACAAGAGUCAGGGUGGUAGCAACGACUUGACCGGCAGGAAGUCAGAGGCACAAGCUGUUACCCAAAAGACUCCAUCCAAAAGAAAAAUGUCAACUCCCUUCCACAACAGCGUGGACAAGGUGGUUGAUAAUGUUUUGCCAAAACUGAACCCAAAGUUAAAAGAGACUACCACUCCCGAGGACACAGAGGGAGACGAUGAUUAUGAGGACACGUAUGACUUUAGUGCUUACACCAGCGAGGCUACAGCCAACUUCCUGGAUAGUAGUGAGAACGAGAGGAACCCCUACGCCCGUAGCUACUUCAUACGCAGACAGAGGGGUUCUUCUAUCAAAGAGAAUCCUGCACCUGCUGCUGACAUCGGCCGUUUUGAAAAGAACGCCGUUCAGGUUGACCACCAUUUUAAUAAGACUGAAGACAAGGAUGGGGAGUAUGACAGCGAUGACAUACAGAAGCUUAUCAUCAAAGAGGAGUGUAUAGAAAGCUCAGUGUGUGACGAUUCUCCAGAGUCACCCACCACCACCAGCACACACAACCAGAGUCUCUCCUAUGACUAUGACUUCUCCCCUUCUUUUGGAACAGAAAGGAAGUCCUGCCCCUACUGUCCUGCUGUGUUUGAGUCUGGGGUGGGCUUAUCCAAUCACGUGCGAGGGCACCUGUACAGGUUGGGGCUGAGUUAUGACGCUCGCCAUGUGGUGUCACCUGAGCGGGUAGCCUCACAGGACCGACAGCCACGCAUACGCAGGAAGGUCCCAUCUGUGGUGCGGAGGAUCAAAAAAGCUGAGAAGCCGGAGUCUCAGGCGGAGCACACCUGUCCCCUGUGCUGGGGCUGGUUCGACACCAAGACAGGCCUCUCCAACCACGUGAGGGGCCACCUGAAGCGAAUAGGGAAGACCAGCACCAGCACCAGUAAGAGUCCAGUGUGUAUUCUCAAUGAGCUGCUAAAGGACGAGCAGGAACACCAGAACAUCCUCCAGAUUCUCAACAGGAAGCAGUUCAUCUCUCGACCAAUCAUCUCCCAGAAGUUCAUUGGCAGCGACGGGCUUUUCCUAACACCGAUGGGGAUCCCAGUGAAGAUCCAACAUGGCUGCCAGCUGGGCCAGAAUGGCACUCCCACUCCAUGGGAUCCCAGUGCAAAUACACCCAGGCAGGAGGGAGUUGAGAGAGAGGAUUUCUUUCCUGAGAGGAAGAGUAUAGAGAUACGAGGUGUCAUUGAACCUUCCCGGAGCACUUUAGGCGAGCUUUUGAGGAAGAGGAAGUUAGACAAGGAUGAUGCAGAUAAGAACCACUUUACUGUGACCAAAGAGAGGGUUGAGGGGAGACAGAACCAACAGGCCAGCAACCUGGAAACACACUGGGCCCAUGAGAGAAAUGCAUCUAAUAAGAAGAUUUGCAUUCACUGUAACACAACAUUUCCCAGUGCUGUUAGCCUGUCCAAUCAUCUUCGCGCUUACGCACGCAGGAAGAGGGUUGCCUUGUUAGAAGGAACAACCUAUUCCUGUAUACUGAAGAAGCCUAGGUUGAGGGCUGGACCAAAGAACACCCUGUUCUCAGCUCUCCCAUGUGCUGUUGAGGAGAUGUAUAGACUCACCUGCAGAUUCUGUGACCUCGUCUUCCAGGGUCCUCUGUCUAUCCAGGAGGAUUGGCUCAGGCACUUACAGAGGCACCUCAUGCAUACCAGUGUCCCUCGCACAGGAGCUGGCAUGGUGGAGGUCCUGCGACUACACAAAGAGAUGCCCUCCUUGCCCCCCCAGCAGCACCCCUCUCGGGAGCACCCAACAUCCAAUGAGCCUCCCACGGCUCAUGAGCCCCAGACGCACCAUGAGCACUCCUGCUUGGAACACCCCUCUCCUCAUGAUCACCCCUUGCCCCAGCAGGAGCCCCCCUUGCCCAAUGAGCACCCCGAAACCCACGAGCACCCUGAGCUCCAUGAUGAGCAUCCCUUGCACCAUGCACACCCUUCGUCCAAUGAGCACCCAAGCCUGGAGCAGCACACGGACACGUCCUUUCCAGAGCUUCUUCCAGUGGCGUCCUGAACUAGAGGGUUGUUUACACAUUUUCACUUUAUAUCUUUAUCCUCUACAUGUAAAUAUGGAUAGAUACAUAGAAAUAUAGAUAGAUAGAACAAUUCUAAAGCUAUAUGUUUUUCUUAAUAUGCACAAUACCAGCCCGUCCCUCUAUUUUAUAAGACCUGUCUCUAUACUGUAUAUGAUGGAUCUUGUUACUUAUAUGUACAGAAACAAAGACUUGUACUUGAGAUGCAAAAAUGCCAACAAUCGCUGAAGUUAGAACAGUAGUCAGUUCAGAACCUUGUAUCUCAACUUUUCUAACCGAACGUUUGCAGUCUGUAACCGCUUCUACUCUACUAUGUUUAGGUGAAGUUUUACCUACAGGUAAUCUUGCCAUCUUGCAACAGGUACACAUGUUAAAUGUGACUUCUUGCUUCCUUCUUUGCACUGUUUAGCAGUCAGUCAGAACGUUGAACCCAUUACCAAAUGAGACAACUGACACCUCAGCAUUGUGUAAAUGAUAAAUGCUUUGUCCGUUACUUUUAACUGUAGCCUAUAGAAGCCAUAAUCAGAAUACAGGGUCAAUCAUAAAUAGUACCAGUCAAACGUUUGGAGACACCUACUCAUUCCAGGGUUAUUCUUUUCUUUUGACUAUUUUCUACAUUGU